UCUUCCUGUAGAGCAUUCAUAAAAUCUCAGUGAGAUGCUGCUGAGUGCAUCUCUGAGUUCUCCCGGCUCGGGCCUCGGUAACCCCUAGCAACAAAAGACGCUUUCACAUAUACUGAAGGCAGCUGGCGCUGUGCGCGUUCCCCAGUCAUGUGUGACUGGCUGUUGUAAAAGUCACUCAACUAUCAAUUAAACCGGACACUUUGUUUUAUGGCUGCUCACUCAGCAACCAGUGCACAGCAACAGAGUCUCACCACCAUACAGUAAGCGUAGGCCCUCUGUGAGCCUGUGCGUGUCCGUGGGUUGAACAGGCAGCCUUAAGCAAGCAUGUCCCCGAAGAAGAAGACAAAAAAGACCGCAGAGAAAAGUCCAGAAAAAUGUCAAAAUGACGUGGAAGAAAAGCAUAGGCACAGUAUUCUGGAUAUAGCCAUUCUGCAGGAUCACAUAGCCUUACAGUGUGAGGCUUUAAGAAGGGUCCAGUCAGACAGAGCUGACCUGAGGAGACGUGUAAGAGACAUGGAACAGAAGCUGCAGCGCGAGAGACAAGACCACAGGGACAUCUACUGGGACCUCAGUCGCCAGUACAAAACCAUGCAGACCGAACUGACCAACAAGGUGAAGAAACUGGAACAGGAAGUCAGCCAACUGAAGGAAGACCUUGCCCUAUCCCAGGAGGAACUGAGUAUAGAGAAAAGUGAGCGUAAGCAAGUGGAGCAGGAGAAGGAUGCCAUCAUAGCAGACCUUCGACAAAAGCUGGACAACAUGGAGUCAGACUAUGAGAAGAUCCUUCAUGAGACUCUCGACAGCCUGAGUUCCCAGCUGUCUGCGACUCGACAGGGUUGGGAAGACGAAAGCGCAACUCUUCAUCAAAAGUACAAGGAGCUGCUCUCUGAAUUUGGCCUAAAUGCCCUGGAUCUUUAAAAUACAGGAGUCUGACAUAUACAGUAAGAACAGCAGUGAGAUGUGUUUGUUUAAUGCUGUAGCUACAGCACUGACUCUGUUUGAUCUGCUAGAGUGCUGUGUAUGGCUCACCUGUAACUGUAUGGAUGUUAAUGUAUAUUUUAGAAUAGGAAAUAGAUCACCAUGUAGUGGCAUGUAGCGCCCACUAGAUGUAGCAAAUGACUGCUUGUGGUCAGAAAGAUGGUGGCCACUGACACUCGGUUGCUAUUAGAGCAUUACAGUGUGUAUACUGUAUUUUAUAUGAAUAUUAGUAGUACAGUAAGUAUUUUGUUGUUUAUAUAGAAGAGCGCAAAAUCCAAAAAAGCUGCAUAAAACAUUUGGGGGUUACAAUAAAGUGGUGAAAAUGAAUAAAGCUGUUGGUGAAAAACUGUAACUAUUGUGAUUUCACAACAAGUAUGCAUGCUAGCAGAGAUGGCAGUGUAGAUAGAGUUCUCUGUGGCAGCCUUUGAGAGGCCAAAUAUGGUAAAAGACAACGAGGGAGACGUGAAACAAAUGCACGAUGUAAAGAAAACCACAACUAAUGCUCAGUAUCAAGCAGAUUAAUACUAAGCAAUAACAAGAGAAAGGCACGGGGGGGAAAAAAAUUAAUCAUGCAGGAAAUAUGAUUCAGCUGCCCCGCAUCAAUAAAACCUGACUUUCCCUGCAGGGAGCGAGAUAAACACAUUUUAUUUUCAAGGCUGUCACUUGUGCAUCUUUUUUCGUGGCCCAGUGCAUUUUUUUAGUCUCUCAUCUGUGGGGUAAUGAAUCAUUUACUCAGGGAUUAAGAUAAUUCUGUGCUCUGACGGCCAAUUAACGCAGGAACUCAAGAGGCCUUUAUCAGAAAACCAAUAUUUCCUCCUCAAACCACCAGGAGCUGUUGCCCGUUUCAGUUUGUUUAGGGCUUAAUGGGGUCGACUGCAGUAGUUAAAAUGAGAACGGCAUAGUGCACCUGUUAGUGGAGGUGCAGAAAAAUAACGAUUGGCACAUUGUGCCUUAUCUUCCCAUAGUGGAAAUGUUAUGAGCCCUGCAGCAGUCAGUGAUGUAAGAUGUAUUAGCAAGCACGGAUAAGUCAAAUACAGUUUAAGCAUCAAAAAGAAAAAAAUAUUUGUAUUACAUAGAAUACUGUGCAAAAGUCUUGAGCUACCCCCAUAUUUUUGGCAUUUUCCUU